UGAAGCUUCUCUUGAGAAGUGGAGACUCUCCAAACUGACAGGACUACACAACAGACCCAGGAGAGAAAACACACAGUUCUGGGAUUACUUCUUGAGGAAUAUUCUAAUUGAAAACUCACACUAACUUCACACAGCAUUUGGCUAUAAUUUUCUUCUAUUGAACAGUUUUCACCAGGGUUUGUACAACACGGGACUAUUUUGAAAUCAUAACAAUUCCUUUCACAAUAGUCCCACAGGCGUUGUGAGUCUGGCAAGCAGAGGCUACUUUCACACAAGCUUCAACGUAUCUUUCAAGUAUCAUCAGUUGUUUUUGGACUAUUUGGGCUGUGGACUGUCCAAUUCACCGUCUUAAGUCACUCUGACUGCCUGGACCAUUUAACGUUUUUCUAAACAGUUUUUGGAGACUAUUCUACCCUAGGACUACCCUACCUCUCAUUGCCAUGGCGAACAGCUGUCUCCAGCUCAGCGGUUUUGUGAUGAGUUGUAUCGGCUGGGUCGGGAUCCUUAUCGCCACGGCCACCAACGACUGGGUAGUGACAUGUAAAUACGGCAUGAACACCUGCAAGAAGAUGGACGAGUUAGGAGCCAAGGGCCUGUGGGCUGAAUGUGUCAUUUCAACCGCCCUCUAUCACUGUAUAUCACUGACACAGAUAUUGGACCUACCGGCAUACAUCCAGACGUCGAGGGCGUUGAUGAUAACUGGAUCCCUCCUGGGGCUGCCUGCAGUGGGGAUGGUCCUAACAGCCAUGCCCUGCAUCUUUCUGGGUGAUGAGCCUCAGUCAGCCAAGAACAAACGAUCACUACUUGGGGGAGUUCUCAUACUGCUAGUGGCUCUGUGUGGGGGGGUGUCCACAGUAUGGUUUCCUAUUGGAGCCCACCAGGACCAGGGACUCAUGUCGUUUGGGUUCAGCCUGUACGCUGGCUGGGUGGGCACAGCCUUCUGUCUCCUGGGAGGGGCCAUGAUCAUCUGCUGUUCUACUGAACCGUCCCAACACUACAAUCACCAUGACAACGACAGGUUCUACUACUCGAAAGGACAGGGGCCUGGCAACCCUGUUCCACCCUCCACUAACCACGCCAAGAGUGCCCAUGUUUAGACACACAUGAAGUACAUGCAUGCACACACACACACACAUGCACACACAGACACACACCAGUGGAGAGUAACUCAGAGCGGUGUCUAACCUGGUGCCUGAAGAGAAACCAAGGGGUCCUGAUCAGGACAACCCUGCUCUGAUGAAGGACUUAUUUUCAUCUCUUUUGUUAUUCAAUGAAGGCUAGGUUUAGGGUUCUUUGUUCUACAAUGAAGGCUAGGGUUAGGGUUCUUUGUUCUACAAUGAAGGCUAGGGUUAGGGUUAGGGUUCUUUAUUUUACAAUGAAGGACAACUGUGGAUGGAAAGUACUGUACACCUAUCAGUGCAUUUUAUAGAAAAUAAGCGUACCUUUUUUAAUAAAGACUGUCAUGAUUUGUAGUUUUUUGAUAAAUA